AAGGAAUUCUCCUAAUCCAAAGAAACUACAAAAAUUUUACUUUAUGUGUUGACUGUACAUUAGACAUCAGAAACUGUUAUUAAUGCAUUUUCGUUAUCUCUAUUCCAUUGUGUCCAGCUACGUAUUUAAACACCGAUAAAAAAUUAUACUGAGUUAGUGAGUGGUAAUUAAAUUCAGUAGAUAAAACUGUUGAUGUUUUAGUUAUGAACAAUGGUUAUAAGUAGUAUGCUUUACAAUUUAAAAUACUAUGUAACACACUGAGAUUAAUAAAACAGUCAUUUUUAUAUUAAUUUUCAAAAUUAAUAAAAUUUUUGUUCACAUUUAAAUUGCAUUAUCGUGACAAAACGAAGAAAAGCAAACCGAUUGUGCGAUUAUUAUUAUCAGGAUGGGCAGAUGAAUAGAAGAAAUAAACAACAAGACAAAUGGAGAUUUUUAAUUAUAUCAGGCACCUGCGUGUUCUUCUGUAUUUGCAUUGCUUUGAUAAUACUGGAUAACACCAUGGGAAUAUUUGAUUUAGAUGAAAAUGGAACCACAAAUUGUUCUGGCCGAUCUUCAUUAACAAAACUUGAAAAUGGAAUGACGCCCAAUCAAUUAAGACAAAAACAAUCUUGUCUUAUUCAAAAUAAUCAGGCUUAUUGUCAAGUUACGUGUACAAGGAUAAAAGCGGAAGAAAUCGUCAGCAGCAACAAUUUUAGUAUAUGCGAAUCUACUUAUGUUCAUCUCAUCCUGGAAAAUAUUGAAUAUAACGACAAAGGAAUUCAGUCAAACUGGCUAGAGGGAUUUUCACACAACAUAAAAAUCCUAGAAAUAAAAGGAUCUACAAUUAGUUAUAUUGGUGAUCGCUCUUUCAGUGAAAGUCCUUUCCAAGAUCUCUCUAGAUUGGUUUUAGAGAACACUAAUAUAAGUUAUAUUCGAAAAAACACUUUCCAAGGAAGUAAACUAACUGAUUUUGAAUUUCGAUCAGACAUACCGAUAAUGGUUGAUUUUGCCUUUGGUGUUUUACAACCAUUAUCUAACACUUUGAGUUCAUUCCAGUUGAACAGGUGUAUUCUAGAACCUCAGAGUCUAGUGAACUUGACUGGAACAAACUCAACGCUAAAAUCACUAGUAUUAAUGGACUUGAGAUUUAAUUCCAUCUUAUACUUGAAAAGCUAUUCAUUUGUAGAUAUACCAAACGUCUAUCAAAUUUUUCUAACUAGUAGUGAAAUCAUGGCAAUGGAGGCGAAGGUGUUUGAAGGUGUAGGAGCUGUUCUGAGCUCUUUAUCGAUAGAUAACAAUAAACUGAAAUCAUUGCCAGAAGGAAUUUUUGAUUAUGUUUCAACUGGGCUCAUCAACAUAUCAGGCAAUAAGUGGUUGUGCAAUUGUGAUUUGUUGUGGUUCAAAGAAUUUUACGAAAAAGAAUAUUACACACAUUUCGGUGGUGGUAACAUACCAUUUAUUUGUUCAACUAAUGAAGGAGAAAAAAAUUACACAGACGUUGAUUUCUGUUCAUCAACCACAUCAAAAUUUGAUACAAUCACAACCACAUCAAAUUAUAAUACAACUACAACACCAAAAACUACUACAAUUACAAUAACACCAGAAUCUAACUCAACCACAACGAAUCGGUUCACAAGUACUACAAAAACAACAGAAUCGCCUAGAACUAGUUUUCUUCCAACAACUAGUACUAUAAGUCCAACAGAGAUUACUUUACCACCAAUAAACAAUAAUUUAAUAAAUAUUAGCUGUAAUGACUGUUCGAAAAGAAAUUCUUUCACGGCAAAAAACGAUAGACUGUAUAGUCGUACAGUAUCGGUAAGAAAUGGUACCAUAACCUACGAUUUUUAUGAAAUAGAUGAUACCCCUUAUUAUGAAAUCAAACUUCGAAAUUCUGUAGAAACGGAUUAUAUGAUUUGGUUUGAUACAAAUGAUCACAACGACGUUGGUUGUGAAUAUAAUAUUGAAGAAGUCGUUGAACUACGACGAUUGAAUUUCGGUAAAACAUAUAUAAUAUGUUUGUUAAAACGAAAUGAAACUACAGUAUCGCCAUUUGAUUGUACGGAUUUGUUAGUAUCCCACCAAUGGGACGAUAAACCGUGGAUUAUCAAUAAAGAUAAAGUACUGAUCAUAGCACUUUACAUAGUAAUUCUCCUGGUUUUAAUAACAGUAACUGCAACCGUUAUGUACUGCACUAUAAAGCGACAUCCGAAAUUAAUAGGAGCUACUAAAACGGUUUAUGAAAAUAAUAUAUCCCCUGCUCCAUCAAUGUAUUCUAUCAGUGAUGGAUAUCUUUCACCGAAGUAUUAUGAGCGUGUUUUAACCAAGAGAAAAAGCAGUAGAAAAUUAAGUACGAUUUCAGAGAGGGAUUUUGAAGGAGCCUUCAACGUCGUUUAUAAUGUAUCUGAGUUUCAUUCAUAUGAGCCGCCACCAUUACCUUCAAACCAUCCAACUUUGUGGAGAAAAUUAGAUAAUGAAGAUGAAUUUUGUUCGUCCUCCUCACCAUUGAGACGAUGUAAUAGUUCGAAAUUCGAGAGAUUUUGUAUUUCCCCAAUUGACGAAUGUUGCAGAUCGAAAAGCCUACCUAAUGGAGCAUCUAAUAGUUUGAACAUUUGUAACUGAUAAGUUCACUUAAUUUUCAAAACGCAUCAGAUGUACUUGUGUUAAAAUCAUAAUACAACAAAUAUAAAAAUAAGACAGUUAACUAUUUCAUCAACCUUUUUGACAUUCGUAACUUAAUUGAAUUAUUUUCUUUGAAGGUCAUCUUUUUCAACUUAUGUAUAAUUUGAACGGUAUUUCGAUAGUUAUUCAUUACACAAAGAAAAAAUAUUAUAUUUUAUCUCAAGGCACAAACCUGAGAAUUUACUGAUAUUUUUCCUGUUUGUAUAUAAGUUCUUUGCCUCAUAUAGUAAAUAGAGUGCGUUCUCAAAAUGAUUCUUCGGCAAACGGUUUCCCUGAUUUACUGAUAAACACUUCUAGCAAACAGAUGUACCAUUCAGAAUUGAACGUUCUUCGUUGGUAUAAUGGAACGGUGCCGAUAUAUCCACUUAUUUCAGAAAAACCGGCGACUAUUUGCUUUGAAAUGCUUCGUGCGCGAACAACUUUUGAUGGCUUUGGCUCAUUUGAAAGACUCAUACAGUCAAUUGUUGUUUAGUUUCGAGUGAAUAUGCAUAGAUCCAUGAUUCGUCGUCUGUCACGAUCUUAUAGAAGUCUUUCGCAAUACCGUAAUUAAAUUUUUUCAGCAUUUUUUUGCACUAAUCGACACGAGCUUUUUUUGGGCGAUUGUAAGAUUAUGCGGUAUCCAGCGCGCACACAUCUUGUUGUCAUCCAAAUGUUCAUGCAAUGCCCAAGUAUGGUAAAUCUCACGGUAUGUCUCAUGACGAUCUUGCAGUAUCAGUUUACUCAAAGCAUCGAUGUUUGCUGGCACAACAGCCGAUUUUGGUCGACCUUCGCAAACUUCAUCCUGUAGUGAAAUGCGUCCAUGAGUAAAUUCGGUGACGAAACUCGGUGGCUUGAGAUGGUGCUUCCUUACCAAAAGCUGAAGCCAGUAUUACAACACGUUCUGAGUACGUUCAGCAUUAAAAAUGUCAAAAUUUAUGAUGGCAAUGUCAGAUUUGACAUUUUCAUAUCAAUGUUGCCAUACCUCAAAACUUGAGUAGUGUUUUCACAAUUAUUAAAUUGUUAUUUUGAAGCAACAAUUCUCAAAUUUAGUGUCACUAUUUAUUAUAUCAGAAGUCAUUACUGCGUCAAAAGAUACUUCAGUAUUGCUUUCAAUAUGAAAGUUGCAGCAUUUCAAGAGUUGUCGUGAAACGCUGUUGCUCGUGAAGUUAAAAUAACAAAAGAAUUUCCUGUCGGUUGAUAGGAAGUUGUCACACUGUCACAAUUUCUUCACUAGCGAUUAGGCAACACAAAAUACAAUUUGUUGUUUUCACUCAGAACUGUCAUUUUCAUGCAGAAACGUAACUUUUCAUUCUAGAUUCGUCUUGGCAACGAGAAGAUUUUCCUAUAUAAAGGGUAGAGGUAAAGGAAACAAUCUGUAAAUAUCAAUAAGUGUCCGUCGAAAUGUGUGAAAGAAGGGCGGCACCACAUUAGCAUCAGAGUAAAUUUUAAAGAAAACGCCAAAUAUUAUUUAUACCCUGAAAAACUUUUCAUACUUUUGUACAUUACAAAUUUUCAAUAAUGAAUCAUUAAAAUAAAUUUUUUAAUUCGGCAUACUUCAAUUUAUCAAUUCAAUUCAUCUACAAUUGCUACAUUCAUAUAUACCCAUUUCUAGUGCUAUUCUGGAAGGUUUUUGAACUGUUAUUUAUGGUAUACAGUUGUACACUGCUUCAGCGUUUCUCCCAUAUGAGAUAUUCCUCCUCACAUCUACCCUCUAUACUUUCUUACCAGCAAUGCAAAGUCACUUUAAUAUACCGGUGGUAGGAAAAAAAUUUAAUCCUACUUUUUAAUUCUCAAACACUAUCAGACACCGUUACUGUAUAACGCUGGUUAGGAAACGAUGUUAAUCAGUUAAUGUUUAUUUUAUUUAUAAUCGUUUUACAAGUACCAAUUAUUGAGGAAACAUCAGAAUUAGUUCGAUAGAUGCUUCGUUUUUCUCGAUAACAAUUAAUAUUGAACAAGAUCUUCUAUGUAUCCAUUCUCCAGUCACAUUUUAUGAUUUUAUCUUCCCAAUUAUGUAGGAAGUGAAAACCUCAAAUCUCUUUUUUGCCAUUUGGUAAAACCAAAGAGGCUAGAGGCUGUAGUUAUCAAUGGAAAAUUCAUAUUGACCGCAUGGAAGGUACUGACAGAUUCGUUUACACUGCGAUUCUUCGGACAAAUGAAAUAAAUAUUCACUAUUUCAAUAUAAUAUUUAUAAUAAUUACAAUAAAGCUGUUAGUGAAUUUACAAUAUUUUGUAGACAUAUUUAUAUUGUAUUUUAUAAGUACUUGAAUUAUUUGAUUAAGUAAUUUCUGUUAAAAUUCUUUUUCUGUAAUUUGAUGUAACUUUUGAAAAGAGUAAGUAAAUAAAUAGUAUGUGAACUUGU